GGUGCCGUGAGCUGCCGGGAGCGGCCGGUCUCAGCCGGGGCAGGCGGGCCGUGUCCCUGCCCUUCCCGGCAGGAGCGCCUUCCCUGCCUGCAGAAGCAUCGCCCGGCGCCAGGCGAUGGCGGCGCGGCUGAAGCGCUGCGUGGUGCGGCGGCGGGACGGGGCGGAGCAGCACGGCGUGGCCGCGUCCUGCCUGCGGGAGCUGCGGGACAAGGCUUGUGGUGUUCUGGCCAUUGACAAGGCCAGGGAGCCCAUCACCUUGGUGCUGGCAGAAGAUGGGACCAUUGUGGAUGAUGAGGAUUACUUCUUGUGUUUGCCAGCUAACACCAAGUUUGUGGCACUGGCCAAGGAUGAGAAAUGGUCCGGCAAAAGCUUUGACAGUGGAACAUCCUGGCUCUCGGGGGCUGCGGAUGAAGUGGACAGUGCUGCGGAGAAGUGGAAGCAGCUGGCCAGGCAGCUGAAGGGUGACCUGUCCAAUAUCAUCCUGAUGUCUGAAGAAGACCUCCAGGUACUGAUUGAUGUGCCACGUUCAGACCUGGCAGAAGAACUUGCCCAAAGUGAAACCAAAACCCAGGUGCUGCAGGACACCCUGCAGCAGGUGCUGGACAGAAGAGAAGAGGAGCGUCAGUCAAGGCAGCUCCUGGAGCUCUACCUGGAGGCCUUGAAAACUGAAGACAGUGUCUUAAGCAAAGUAGCAGAACCUCAGGCUGCACCAAGGAAGGAGAUGGAUGUGGUUGACACAGGUACCAGCAGCACAGGCACUCCAGCCAAAACAGCCCUCAGUGACCAGAUCCUUGCUGCUCUGAGGGAGAAACCUGCUCCAGAGCUCUGCUUGGACAGUCAGGACCUAGAGCUGGUGCUGAAGGAAGACAGAGCAGCCCUGGCCUCGGCUCUGGGGUGGGACAAGCAGAAGGCUGGAGCUCUGCAGGCAGCCUGUGACCAGGAGCUCUCCAAGCGCCUCCAGCAGGUGCAGACCCUGCAUUCCCUGCGGAGCACGUCCAAGGGCAAGAAAACCCUGCCCUGGGGGGACUGGCCCAGCUCAAAACGCAAAAAAUAACAGUGCCCUGCUGCUGGCAGCUCAGCUCCUGCUUCUGCAUUAGGAUCCACACCAGCAAAGACACGUCCUGGGAGCCAGAGUUUGCUGGUCAUACUGUGCUCUGGCUAUAGACAAGGGAAAUCUGGACAUUGUCCUGAGGCUUAGACUCCUGGGAUGAUUCAAAUCAUGUGUGACCAAAGGGAUUUUGACUUUUUGCAGAAUACUGGAACAAUGGUAUUGCUAAACACAGCAUGUAAGGGUUCAGCUUUGCAAACCUGGUUGGGAGCCAGAAGCUUCCAUCUGAUCCUGGUGGCUGCAGCUCCCGAGGCCCUGGGCAGUUUGCUUACCUUGUCCCCCCAAACCAUUUCCAGUGUAAAGGGUGGAAGAUCUCUGCGAGACACUUUGAGGCACAGCUGUGAACAGGGCAGAGGGUUUAACCAGCUGCUGCCUGGCUCUAAGCUCCAGCCUGGGAUCUAAGAACUUGAAUUCUCACACUGCUUUCAUCAGUUAAAGUAAAUUCAAAGUCCUUUCACUUCAGAGCUUUUUCUUGGGUGCUGUGUAAGAACUAACUGGUAAAAUGCAGCAAAGGUGGAAAUAAUUGCUUUGUAGGGCUGUGUGACAGAAGACUUGUAUUUGGCCUGCUGUGUUACUCUCCUAAUCAUGAGUGGAGCAUCAUGAUGCUUUUGUAUUAACUGGCUUAUUACUAAAUUUGUUAAAGUCUUUUUUUCUAAUAUCAAUAAAAGCUUUUUAUCUUA